AAAUAUAUUUUGCUAACCCUUACAACUUAUAUAUUGAUACUGACUACCAAGUAGAGGAUUUAAUUAAUCUACCUGAAGAGUUAGAACCACUUGAAACCUCAUAUAUUUCUAAUAGCAGCCUUCAAUUAACCCAAUACUCUGACCCUACCAAUAUUACUUAUUUAGAAGAUAGCUCUUUUAGUGAAGGAUCUAUAUCAUAUCAAUUACCUAUUAGUACUUUUCUACCUAAAUCUGUAAUUUUAAAUCCUAAUUUUAGUACAUACCUGGAGAACAUGAUCCAAGAUUUAACUGAUAGUCUUAAAAAUAUGAGUCUUAAUUUGGUUCAACAAAAUAACAAAAAAGAAGUUUAUACUGUUAAAAGUGGUUAUAAUCUAACCAAUCAGAAUCAAAGAAGAAAUAGAAAGAAAGGAAUCGUUCAAACUGAAAUAGAGAUUUUAGAAGAAGAUCUAGAUCAGAACCGUAAAAUUAUAGAAGAAAUUUAUCUAGGAGUCAAGAAAGGUACAGAAGAAAUACUCAAGAUUAUAAUCGAUAUACUAGAAGCAGAUCUAAAGAUUACAAUCGAUAUGAUAGAAGCAG